AUGACACAGAAGCAGCAGGCUGUGUGGAAGCAGAGGUCCGCUGGGUCGGAGGAACAGCUAACCGGCAGGCCACCAAGGUAAGUACAGAGCUACUGACAACAGGGUCCUAAUGCAAUAAACAUAGCAAAAGCGUGUCUAAUGAUGCACUAACUCUCUUCUUGUUGGGGACAGUUCCCUGGUAUUCCCAAAAGAAGGACACUAGGGAACAAAGUCGAGGAAGCGUGAUAGGACCUAAAAAAAUAGGACAAUCAUGUUGAUUGAGAAGACGUGAAAAAAUCAUGUCGAUUAAGAAGACUGCCCAAAGUUUGGGAAGCUGAUGAACUUGAUGAAAGGAUUAUAUAUUAAAAAAUUGUUUUGAGGUGAUAGUUGUAGUUUAAUAUAGGCAUCAGGUUCCAUCACUUCCCUCUGGAACAGGUUUCCUAAGAGGAAAGAGAAAAAUAGAGAGGCCAUAGAAGCAAGGAUUUCAUUGAAAAGACACUCAGUUGCUUAAAGGGACACUAUAUUUACCAGCAGUGGUGUAUUUUGGUUCCCUGCUGCCCUAGGCAUGACUAACCUGGGGGACCCCCCAAUCUAAAUUUGCCCCUCUCCUUCCUGUCAAGGCCACACCUCUUCCUGUUGAGGAUCAACAAACACUUUGACUGACAGACACAUGCCCUCACUGAUACUUACACCGACACACACACUCACAGACAAACAGACACACACACACACACAAAUUCACUGACCAACAGACACACGCAUUCACUGACAGACACACACUUUCUAACAGAUACACACAGUUACUGACAGACACACACAGUGAGGGACAGACACACUGAUACUGAAAGACACACUCACUGACAGACUAACACACACACAAAUGUUAUUCUUAAUUUCCAGCCUCCCUACCUGUGGAUUGUUCCCUAGGGUCCAAGUUGCUGAAAUCUUCUUGCCUUGCUCCUGGCGCACAGUUUAGGGAUACCUGGACCGAAGUGACGUCAUAUCCCAGCCUCACCACAAGGCUUGUGAGCAAGAAGAUUACAGGUAUCAGAGCUCCCUCGCCGCCUGCCCAGAAUUAGCACUGCCGCCCUCCUGCUGAGGCGUUUGGGGGUGGCGUUUUUUGCCGCCCCCCCAGGAAAGUGCUGCCCUAGGCAAAUGCCUUGUUGCCUUGCACUAAAUACAGCGUUGGUCACCAGAACAAUUACAGCUUAAUGUACUUGUUCUGGUGUCUAUACCGUGUCUCUGCAGGCUUUUUGUUGUAAACACUGCCUUUUCAGAGAAAAUACAUUGUUUACAUUGCAGCUUAGGGACACCUCUGAUGGCCACUCCUCAGACAGCCACUAGAGGUUCUUCCUGGAUCAGUUCUGCAUAGUGUGCAGUACCGAUGUUCAGCGUCUCCACGCUCUGCAUAUAGAGAGGCUGUGAUUCAAUGCAUCUCUAUGAGGAGAUGCUGAGUGGCCAGGAUGGAGUUUGAUCAUCACUUCUGAUGUCAGCCAAGAAGGUGGAUCGGGGGUGGACCAGUGCCAGCGGAUCCAUGUGACGCUGGAAAUAAGAUAAAAAUAUACUAUAUUUAGGGGGGCAAGGGGAGCCAGGGGGCCUAGAUAGUAAUUUUAAGACUAUAGGAUCAGGAAUGCAUAUUUGUGUUUCUAACCCUAUAAUGUUCAUUUAAGGUAUAAUAAUUUAAUAAUUACCUUUUUUUGAUGGAUUCAAAGAGCCUUUGUUGUAGAAGAAGCAAUGCUCAUAGCGAGAUCAAGCAUUGACUUGAAAUAUUCUAUGCAACAAUAUUGUUACAGCUCUGUGUAAUGAUUAUGCUGCCAGGAGUCUGAUGUGUUUUCUAAAGAUAAGCAUUGUACUCUAUUCUUCGACAAACCAUUUUGAAGUAGUUUGUCAAAAAUCAGAACUCUUCUCAGCAUCCAGAGCCCAACCUCUCUCCAAGGGACUUGACGGUGUGAAAUUAACAACCUACUCCCCCCCCGCCCCCCCCACCCCGCAUCAGAGCUCUCAGCCUUUCACGUCAUUCAGGUUUUACAGAUUUAAUCAAAUGUAGCAGUUGCAGGAAAGUGUUCGUUUUGUCAAAUUGUCUUUGACAGAAAAUAAAAAAAGGGAAUCGUACCCAUAGACUUUUGGCAGUGCAGUAAGUACACUGACCUGUAAUGAUUACUUGGCUAAGAGUGACCUUAUAAUAAAGCUAUAUCCAGAUGUCUCCUGGGUGACAAUCCAAACAGCUGAUAAUAAAUUCAAUUUUAAUAAUCCUGGAACCUCAAGUCUUUUAUGAAUAUAUAUAUGUCCUUAAAGGGUUAAGUAUGCAUUUGCGUUCAUAAAGCUCUGUCUUUCAGUGAAAUUGCUAUGAAUAGUUAAAAUACAUAAUAGUAAAUAAAGAGUUAUGGCACAGAGUAAAAAAGUUGCAAUAUUACAUGUACUUUCAAAUACUAUUACAUCUUUAGAUCCACCAGCAAUUGUAUUUGUAGUGCUCUGACCAUCUGCUGCUGUAUUGUUACUUUAAAUAAGAUCACAUAUGGGUUGGGGCCCUCGGAGAAGCAUUGGGUUUCUGUAACCUUCAGAAUUUCUUUUGUCUCACAUAUCAUCAGACUUCACAACAAUGUGUCAAGACUAAAGACAAGGGAAAGGCUGGAGGUAACCUACCCUCCACUGCCAAAAGUGGGCAUGAGUUUAUUUAUAACUGGUUUGGGGGGUAUUUAUUGUCUGGCCGAGCAGUGCCCUGGGAUCUGGCCUUGGAAUUUCACUGUCUUUAACAUCACACAAAGCAACUCAACAAUGGUAAGUAAAGCCUAGUGGGAUUAUUAUAUACUUUUUUUUUAUAUAAUGCACCAAUGUAUCCCAGAGUUAUUUACAAUUCAGAAAAAAACAAUAUAAGCAAACAGGAAUGAGAGAUGUCAAGGUCUAACAUUUAAAGUGUGUUAGAAUAAUUACAAAAGGAAUAUUAAAAAUACAAGGGAGGGUGGAUGCACAAUUUAAGGAGGAUGGAUCACAAUAUACAGUGGUUCGAUAAAUGCAUUAUUAUAUUUUUAUUCAUGUAGCAUAUGGGAUGGAUAAUAAAACUGAUGUCUGAAUGUUACAAUGUUAUUGUUCAUAGUGGUUGGGAUGGGUGUACAUGCAUUUCCCUUUUCAAAUGACUGUUGCAAUCAUUGUAGACAUAUUAGCAUUGUUUUAUAAACCUUAUAUACUACCUAUUUUAUUAAGGAGAAUUAUACAAGGUGCAUCCUGAAAGGCAGCAAUGAUUUUAUUUUGUCCACGCAGCAUUAAUUUUCUGCAUACAAUCUCUGUAUAAAAUUAGCUAUAUGAUGUUUAUUUAUUCUUGUAAACUCAACAUAGUCCAUAAUGUAGUACAAUUUGAGUUUGCAGUAGCUUGGGAAUACAAGACAAAAUACAUUUUGACAUAUCAGUCUAAUAGGAGACUAUGUCCCAGUUCAAAGCUGAAAUUCUGUUCUAAUCCAGAAGUGCUUAACUCCACACCCCAGAUUUUCUUGGACUACAAAUCCCAUGAUUCUCUUCAAGACCCAGGCUGCAAGAUGGGAGUUAUAGUCCAACAAAAGCGAAAGCACCAGUUUUGAUCUCUGUUAUAGUCAUUAGGAGAGAUUCUUAAGUGCUGAAACUUUGUCAGAGACCUGAGGACCAUGACUGAAACGAUCAAAGUGCAUGAAUGACCUCCAUUACACUCUGUAUUCACCAAAUUCAUAACUCUACCUUUCAGUUGAAAGAAUGAAUGUACCCACUCUGUCAAAAUGUCUGUUUAAUGUGUGAUGAGGGAAAAUCUACUAACAGCUGUUCUAUGAACCUAAAAUCCAAUUAGGAUUGCAUAUGUGAUAAAAAUUUAAUUUCAGGUGAAAUGCUCUUAUUUAUUUAUUUAUUAUUGCCAUUUAUAUAGCGCCAACAGAUUCCGUAGCGCUUUACAAUAUUAUGAAAGGGGAUUUAACUAUAAAUAGGACAAUUACAAAUAAACUUAGAGGAACAAUAGGUUGAAGAGGACCCUGCUCAAUCGAGCUUACAUUCUAUAGGAGGUGGGGUGUAAGACACAUUAGGACAGGAAUGUACAAUCAAAUAAGGUGGGCUGCCCUUUAGGAGAGGGCAAGAGAUGGGUAUGUGAGGUAGGGGUUAGUCUUGGAGGCCAUAAGCUUUCCUAAAGAGAUGGGUUUUAAGGCACUUCUUAAAAGAUGCAAGACUAGGGGAGAGUCGGAUGGCGGUAGGCAGGCUAUUCCAUAGGAAGGGAGCCGCUUGGGUAUUUGCCAUCCCUGUGCUGUGUAUCAUCAUCAUGUGGUAGUUGACUUCAAUGUAAAAAAAACUCUUUAAAACAAUGUAAAAAAAGACUGUAUAUGUUAGUAGUUGAUUUUGCCCUCUAUUUACUCUAUCCUGCCCCGUGAUUAACAUCUAUUACAUGUCACCCUGACUAUAUCAAACUUAUACAUUAUAAAUGUUUUUUUUCUUGGAAAUUAUCAUGGUUGAUGAGGCAAGUUUGAAUAAAAAUGUUGUUUGGUCUCAUUUUGUGUAAAUAUCUAAAGCUGCAAUGUAAUGUGUGACGCUUGGUUGUUUUACAUAGGACGGAAAAGUUAAUUUGUGGGCAAAAUAACCAAAACUAGCUAGAAGGUUAGCCAUCACUGCCUGCUAUAGCUCAGCCUGAGAAUAUUAAUUUCACUAUUUGUAAGAAAUAUAGAGCAUUUAUUGAUACAAAUAUACAGGUACUAAUAUUCGCCAGCAUUUAUGUACAAAUGAUAUCUGAAUAUCUCAGCUACAGUUAUGUUUUAGCAUAAUUCUUAAAGCAACUUAAUCCAAUUUAAAGUUGGUGACUAGUAACUGAUUAAUGAUAAACUGGACCAUUUAAAAUUGUAAUGGAAAACCUUCACGGUAGAGUUAGUAGAACACAGGUGAUCACAGGUAAAUACUCAGUUGUUAUAUAACUCCAACUCUGACAAUGCUCUGCCAUCAGCCCUGUAGAAGAACAGGACAAGCAGGGCCAGUGCAGGGAUUUAAGGUCACACAGGUGGAGAUGCAUUUCCCCCCACCCCCUUAAAAAAAUGCACCUCCACCUGUGUAUUUGUUGUUGUUUUUUUUUUGUCAAUCUUUGUUUUAUUGAGGCAGAAGACAAACGGUGACAUGCCAAAGAGAGUCAUAGUAAAUGAACAUACAUGUGUAUAACCUAGCAUUACAUGUACGGGAGGUGAACAUGAGUAUUUCGGUAGCGAUAUGCGUGUGAGCUUAGAACUCUCGUUAUGGUCUACCUCAUUUAUUUUUUGUAAAUAAUAUAUAGAAACCAAAGCAGUUGGUGCAAAAAGAGACAAUGCCACAGCAUUGCAUACAGUGUAGAUAAACAUUAAAGAUUGGAACUGUGACAUUUAUAGUGGUUACUAAGCAUAGUAGAGUUGAUUGUGACUUUUGCUUCUCAUUGCUUAAGGACUUGGAGCACCAUAUGCCUCUUUGUACUACAGAGGGUAGAAUUAGGUAGGGACUGCCGUGAGAGCUACAGAGGCUAAAUAACCCUGGUAGUGUAAAUGGCAGCUUAGAGGGUGAGGAGGGGGGAUGUUUAGGGUUGAUGGACUUAAGGUCAGUGGCCUGUCAAUUAGACAGUAAGCUUAAUGGGUGAAAAAAAAACGUGCCUGAGAGCACACAGAUUAAACAAUAAACUUGUGCAACAUUAAAACCAUGAGUAUAGUGUAGGGUAUGAUCUGCGAGAGUCAUGGCACUGGAGUUGCCAAGGCAUCUCCCCGCCAGGCUGCACCUGUCUAUUUUUUUUCACCCACAGGUUGAGGUUCUUACCCCCUUUUGUGUUUUUUAUCACCUCUUUUGAACAUCUUACCCCCUUUAGUGUAUCAUAUUCCGCUUUUCUGUGUCCUACACCCCUUCUGUGUUUUUUUAACCCCCUGUGUCUCUUACUCUUUUCAGACUCUUUAUGUAUCUCUUAUUUACUCUCAUUCCCUUUCUGUGUCUCUUUCUUCCCCAGUCCAUUUGUCUACCCCCACCCCCAUCCCUUUGUGUGUCUCUUUCUCUCCCAGCCCCGUUGUCUCUUUCUGCCCACCAUGCCACUUUGUGUAUCUCUUACUCCCCCUAGCCACAUUUGUGUGCUCCUUUCUUGGAAAUCCUUGGCACUGUACUUUAAUAACACCUAGAGAUUCUGUUAAGAAAAUGUAUAAAUCAAACCUAUCUGGUUCAAUCACUAUACUUUGAAUUAUAACAAAUUUAAAUUCAUAUGGUAAAAUUAAGAAAAAAACAGGUGAUCUGGAAAAAUGCUUUAACUCCCCAAUAGUCACAGUUUGGAUAUUUUAGCCCAAAUGUUUGGUUGUCUAUUAGUUACAAUCUGUUUAGUGAAUAAACCCCUUAGUCAGACCUGUAAAACUGUAGGUCUGUGGUUAAAAAACGUAUUUAAAGAUAAAUAUAACUGACCCAACUGCAUAUAACAUUUAAUACAACAGGAGAUAUUUUGAAGUAGAUUCAUUCUGAAACAGUAAACUCAACACACAGUACCUAUAGACCAUUAUUGACAAAAUGCAUAAAUGAAUGUAUUUUAUGGAAGAGAAACUUUUCUCAAAAAGAUCUCUCCUGAGUAGAUUGGUGUGCAGAGCAUCAUAGUUAAAGUAAAACACUCAAAGUAUCCUUUUAACGAGUUAGAUAUAUCCUUGUAGUCUUGAAGUGAUUGUAUACAGCGUUAGGUGAAACUGACCUAAUUACCAUUGAAAUAACUGAACUGUUGAUUUAGGAGUUUACAUAGACUAAAGGCUAGUUUACAAUCUCCAGCUAAACACUCACUGUUUAACUUUUAAUGUUUGUUAAGCAAAUACAAUUUACAUUGUAUAGCAGACACACGCUCUCCUCCUCUUUCAUGAACUCAUGAACUGGUUCUCACAUGGAUUCUGGCCUUAUCAUAGCUUGCUGUAAAUGAAUUUGUGAGAUCUAGUGAUUCAAUGAAAAAUAAUAAUGUAAUAUCAUCGCUUUUCUUGAAAUAUUAAAGAAUGAAAGGUGAACAGAGCAUGUAUCCAUUUAUUUUCUUUAAUGAAUAAGAUGUGAGUAAUGACUGCUUGAUGCAUAUGUCCUGUCUUUGGUUUGUAUUUUUUAUCUUUAUGCAGGAAUUCCUGCAAUAGCAACAUCCCAUCAGUUUCCAAUUGAGGAUCAAUCUCAACAUCUUAGAAUAGAAUCUAGUGUAAAGUAGAAUACACCUGAUGAAUGGACUCUGUAGAAUAAUACAGGUGUAUUGUAAUACUAUAUGUAAAAGAGACACUAUCUUCCAGAAUCAAUGCAUUUUCAUUGUACCAAAGUAUCGUACUAUUACUGGUUAUUAAAACAAAUGUCCAACCCUUUCCAUUUACAAACCUUUCAGUUUUAUUAAUUGCAGUUUUCUACCAUAGCCUUAAUUAUUAGAUUAACAUUUGUCAGAGGUUGAUUAAAUGCAUACUUGGCUUAUUGAGAUAGAUAUAUAGACUGUAAGCUCGUUUGAGCAGGGUCCUCUUCAACCUAUCGUUCCUGUAAGUUUUCUUGUAAUUAUACUAUUUAUAGUUAAAUCCCCCCUCUUAUAAUAUUGCAAAACGCUGUGGAAUCUGUUGGCGCUAUAUAAAUGGCAAUAAUAAUAAUAUAAAGUAGUAGAAGAUUUAGUAACACAGUAGAAGUAAGGUAAUUGAUUAAACAGUGAGAUACAGUGAGCUGAAAUACAAAUUGCAAAUUUAAGAGUAAAAUAGCCAAGUUGUGACUAUAGUUAGAAAAUUUGAAUUUAUUGCGAUGACCAAAAUAAUGACCAGAUGUUAAAGCAUGAUAGUGAAAGAAUGUUAUGCAAAUCAGAAAUGAUUUGUAGAAUAUGGUGUAACUGUAACUCUGUAUUUUGUUCUGCUGGACUAAUCAAAUAUUUUCCAUUCUGAAGUCUCCCAAGAAAGCCAAGAAGAGAGCUGAAGGUGCAAAUUCCAAUGUAUUCUCCAUGUUUGAGCAAACCCAGAUCCAGGAGUUCAAGGAGGUAAAUAACCUAUGCAUAAUGGGACCGAAAAUGCUGUGGGUUAGAGUAACCAUUAUGCCACGAAGGUUAAUAAAAUACUAUGCAACAGCCGUGUUACUAUUGAGUUAUACAUUUAUAUUAAAUUCUGCAGCACGUAAAUUGCUUUAAUAUUAAGUACAUUCUUGUUAUCUUUUAAAUAUAUAAAAAAGUAUCAAAUUAUCAUUUUCAAAACUAUAUAUAACUGAUAAAUAGAUAUAAUGAGAAUUGUUGUAGGUAAUAACCAACAUUCAGGUAACUUACCUUUGUAUUUUAUACAGGCAUUUACCAUUAUGGAUCAGAACAGAGAUGGAUUCAUUGACAAGAACGAUCUUAGAGACACCUUUGCUGCAUUAGGUGGGUUAUUAAAUUGCAAACACAUUAUUUUAGACUGUUAAAAUGUGCAUUUUAAUUAAUCAAUGCAGAUUAUAAAAUUAGAACCAUUGGGAUGGAUAAAAUGACAUUGUAUACAAAUUACUUUCUACUAGCUAAAAAAAAAAGCAGCACAGGUUGUGUUAAAUGACCACUAUAGUACCAGGAAAACAUACUUGUUUUCCUGGCUCUAUAGGAUCCUUGGGUCCCCCUCACCCUCAAGGCCCCCCUGCCGCCGGGCUCUGGGCGGAGGAAGAGGUUAAUCCCUUACCUUUUUUCCAGCACCGGGCUCCCUCAGCACCGGGGACUCUCCUCCUCCAUUCCCGUCAUCUGCUGAAUGCAUUCUCAAUGCUUUCCUAUGGACGCUGGCAUCUUCUUACUGUGAAAAUCACAGUGAGAAGCUCGGAAGCGCCUCUAGCGGCUGUCAAUGAGACAGCCACUAGAGGCAGGAUUAACCCAUUUGUAAACAUAGCAGUUUCGCUGAAACUGCUUUGUUUACAGCAGGCAGGGUUAAUCUUAGAUGGACCUGGCACAUGUGCAUUGUGGUCAUGUUAAAAUAUAGAAAUGUAUGUACGUAAUGCAGAUAAGAGAUUCCUUAUAAAUUAGUUAUUGGCUCAGGCAGCAAACGAAAGCAAAAAGAAGCCACACCAAAACUGGCUUCUCCAAUUAGAAGGGCAGAUUGUAACAAAUAGAGAUGGGACUGAUCAAGGCAAAAACAGCUCUCUACAGACCCGGCACAGCUGUGGGGCAUCUUACUAUGAUUGAGAAAUAUACAGGAGAGUAAGCGCCAAGAGAAUGUGAGAGUUGGAAAUGUGUGUAUGUGGAGUGAUGAGUAUAUGGCCAUCUUUUUACAGGGAACGUGCCAUUUUACUUUGGGUAAGUAAAUGUAGACACUCACCAGAACAAUGUGUGGACAUUCUCAGAGUAUAGUACAAGACUGACAAUAAGCCAAUGAAUCAAAAUCCAUCUCCAGCUUCAUAAUCUCACGUAUAAGCCUGUACCCAAUAUGUUUCUAGUGAAAUAACAGAAGUAAUGAAGGAAAAUAUCCUAUUUUAAAAUAUUUUGGAUGUGAUAUUUAAACAUCAUUUAAAAUGAUAUCUGAUAUAUGAAAAGGCUUCAAAAGAGUUAUUUGACAGCUUAAACAAAGUUUAAAUAAUUUUCUGAUUUCAGAGAACACACUUUUAGCUUUCACAUAAGGCGACUGUAUAGUGUUACAGUUAGAAGAAGGGUGGAUUAAUGUAUGCUCAUACAGAGAUAUCUCCACAUCUCCACGUCUGGGAGACUGCAUUCACAAGCCUAUACGUAGAGCCAUAGACAUGAUGGGAACAAAUCAUUCUCUGCUCAUAGCAGGAAUUCCACAGAUGGCAUGUCCUAAAUGCCGAAUGUCUAUACAUACAUGAAUUUGGUAACAUGAUCCGUGUGAUCAUUUUAGAGUAAUUUACCAUUAUUAUCAUCAGAAGGAAUACAGUUGUUCGAUCCAUUAAGAACAGAUAAAAAUAACUUCUUUAUUACCCAGUCUUGCAUUCAACAUUGGAAUGGAUUUGUUUCUAGAUUGAGCACUAAAAAAAGUCUGCAUAGUGUGCAUAAAGCUUUGAAAUCUGCGCACAACCUUUAUUUUAAUGAAGAUUUUAUAUGAGACUCUCUGCUCUUCCAGCCUCUUGUUUCAUCCCCAUUCCUACUUCCCUUUAAAACCUUAUCCACGUAAUCUCCUAAUGCCUCUGCCUCUAUACAUACAUACAUAUAUAUAUAUAUAUAUAUAUAAACAAAGUGAAAAUACCGGCACUCAAGGUUUUCCAGAAGAUAACUUCUCCAUUUAUUGCGGAAAGAAAUUCAACGUUUCAGCUCCACUGGGGAUGAAAGCUCCCCAGUGGAGCUGAAACUUAGAAUUUUUUCCGCAAUAAAUGGAGAAGUUAUCUUCUGGAAAACCUUGAGUGCCGGUAUUUUCACUUUGUUUAUGAUUAAGCCACCAGAGCACCAGGUACUAUUUUUAUUUCUCUAGUUGGAGUGCAGGGGUGUUUUGUAUUUUAUAUAUAUAUAUAUAUAUAUAUAUAUAUUAUGUACUAUGUGUAGACCUAUGCUUUCCCAUACUCUUAUGCAUGUAUGUAAUAAAAAAGGUAUUACAAGAUACGGAUUUUAUCUGUUUUUUACAUCUAUAUCACUGGACUAAUACGGCUACAAUCUCUACUUGAACACUAUGUAGAUAUAUAUAUAUAUUCCAGUCUCCUGUCCAUCCCAGCGUUUGAAUGUCCUUCUCUUUAUGCUGUCAAUCUGCAUUCUGCUUGCCUUUGUCAGUCUUUACAGUGUUGUGUUAGUCAGUCUCCUCUCACUCAGUGUGGUAAUUGGUUGAGCAGGUGUGAGUGACACGUAUCUCCUAAACAUGUAUUUAUAUAUUUAUUUUAGUUUUACAUUUUUGUAGUUCAUCAACACAGAUUCAGGCAAAUAUAAACAUGUCACCAUGGGACAAAGUCAAAAUAGAUUCAAUGUUGGAUAAGGUACACAUGUCAAAAAACAUUUUAGAUAGUAAAUAAUCGAUAGUAUUAGGCCUGUGUUUGCUAUACUUUUACUAAGAUUAGGCCUGUGUUUGCUAUACUUUUACUAAGAAUCUGAAAGGCUAUGUUGCAUUUGGCCUAAAAAUGGAAUCACCAAGUAAACAUAACAGAAACGUCAACAGUUCAACAUGUACUAGACUUGUAAACUCAAACAAUAACGCAAACAAAAGGAAAAAUAACUGAAAUACUGCUGUUUGAGUUAAUUAGUAAAACAAUUUGCAUGAGAUAGCAAUAUAUCAGCCUAAGCCUAGGCAAGGGAAGGUGUAUUGAAUGCAUCUUAAAAAUUGGCAGACCCAAGUGAGAUCAGUCAAACAGGCACAUUUGCACUCUCAGAUCCCCAUCCCACAAAAGUACCAGUGAACCAGCAGGCACUGUCCAACCUUCCCACUACACUGUGUGCGCAGGGCAAUGUCCCCAAAAAUUCCUUAUUCAGAGCUUCCCUAGGUUGUGGACUGCAUCCUGGGAUUGCACCCAGUUUGGUCCUUGCCUGGGAAGGGAACAAGGGACCAAAGCACCACUGGAUUCUGGUCUGGUACCCGCUCCUUGAGUCUCCUCCAAGCAGCAGCAGAGAUCUCAUCAAAUACUAUGAGAAAAGGCUCUUUCCACCCUUUUAGUGUCUCCUUUGCCGAUAGUUUUGAUGCGUCAUGGGUAGCUGCGAUCUUGAGGCGCUGAGGAUUUUGCACAUUUUCAGCCUGCAGAGCACCCAAAGUAAAGAUUCUAGUAGAUAACUGAACAUUUCAGUUGGUGAGGACCGGUAUAACCCUGCGUACGUACGUACGUACAACACUGUCCAAAACAAGGGGAUAGUGUUCUCAGAACAGAAGAGAAAUGGGGAUCUUGAUUUAAGGCUGUAAGUAUAAAUUUUAAACGGUUUUGGUGGGUUUCUUUGAGGAGCCCCAUGCAACAUGCAUCCUGCUCAGUCAACAGCCCUGCCCUGCCCCCCUUCUAAACAAAUUGGAGAUGGAUGAAAAAGGUUUUAUACCAGAACCAUGACAACAAUGUGAAUAGGACUGCCAAUAGGCUAGUACCAGCUGCAACAUGGCCAAUGUUUGCUUAUUCAGCAGUUUUACUGAUCCCAAGUGAUGAGAGCAUCUGCUACUGGAGGCUCAACCACAUCCUCCAUAAAACUCAACUGUACAGAAUCAGAUGAGACCAGAAACAUUUUUUGUAUUAGAGUUCUUUAUACAUAUUGAUACAUGACAAUACAGGACUGUUUAGCAAUGAUAGUGAUGCACUUUAGGUGUAGAAAAAAAGAGAAACUGAAAAGCAGAAUAAUUAUAUUUGGUACAUAGUAUGGCAGUACAGUGAACAAAAGAGAAGAAAACUGAGAAUAUGCCAUAACUGCUUACAUGCCCUGUCGGUGUCAACAGUAAGUAUUAGGAUUUGGCCCUCCUACUUCCCCAGAGCUCACAUGAGCCAAGGAAUUCCAGUAUCCCCAAAUUUGCUUAAAGUGGCGCAGAGAGGUUUGCUGCCAAUGGGACAUUUGUUCCCGCACCCUAUGUGCUAGUUAGAUCUCAGACACCUGGACCAUGGUGGCAAUAUUUGAGGAAAGCCUCUACCUUGUAAUAGCUAUUUUAGUGGCUAUAAAGAGGUGGCAAAGCAUAUCCUAAAGCGAUUUUGUGAAGGAAUGCGGUAACCUGUUUUCUGGGUCAGGUUAAGUAUGCAGAUUGAAGUUAAAGUAAAGAUGCCCCUCCAGAAUGACUCUAGAAGAGGGCAAGCCUACCAAAUAUAUAGAUAAUCCCCUCUACCAUCACACACUCUCCAAAACGCUUCCCCUCUUGAUUGGAAUAUGUGGGAAAGCUUUGUGGGUAUACCACCUAAUUAUCAAUUUGUAUUGCAAUGAGAGUGGGAGUGUGUGAACCCUUUCUACAUGGUGGCAACCUCUUCCCAGUCCUCCUCCAAUAUAGCCCUCCCCAGUUCCAGAGCCCUUAUAGUCUGAUAGGUGCAUGGCUCAGGAUAUUUAUGGGGCAAAAAUCUUAUAACAGGCCGAGAGAUCUUAUAGCAUGCCACUUCUGGCUAAGACAUGUUUGGAUGCUAAUGGAGAGAGACUGGACACCAUUGGGACUGGGUGAAUUCCCUCUUGCAUUUUGGUUGUUAAGGAAGUGAAGGAUUUGUAAUAAAUUCGCAAUUGAAAAGGUUAUCUUUAGAGCAUAUGUCUGAGAAAGGAAACAGUGUACCUCUCCAAAUAAUUUCUCCCAUAUAAUGUAGUCCCCCCCUUCCUCCAUGAUUGUAAGAGACAGCUUAGUAGUCGGCAUCAGUUUAUCACUCAGGUGUCUUUCAGUCAGUGGUGUUUUGAGCUCCUGGUUAUUUUAUAAAAGGAACAAUGCAAGCACCAUAGCCACUACAGCUUAUAAUAAUUGUAAAGGUGUUUGGCGAUUUCACACAUAGCACAAUAAGUUGUAGUUGUUAUGAUGCAUGACGUGUCUUUUUAGAAGAAUGGAAAAUGUGGGCCAAAAGUGAUUCAAGUGGGUGACCAAGUGUCAUGGGAGCCAUAGUUCUCUGUAAGCCAGAGGUCCAUUCAUUGAAUGUUCUUGAUUUAGUGACUAAAGUUAAUUUCAGUUUAUCAUACUCGAGCACAGGAGUAGACAACUUUCAGCACUCCAGAUGUUGAGGACUACAUCUCUCAUAAUGCUUUUACAGUAUUAAUCCUGGUGAAACAUCAGGGGAGAUGUAGUCCACAACAUCUGGAGUGCCAAAUGUUGCUUACCCCUGGUCUAGGAGGAUUUCAAAAUAUACAGAAUGAUAAUUUCACAAAAAGUAAAAGAGUGCGGUCCGAACUAAGAAUAACUCUUGACUCAAUAUUGUCUUUCCAAAGGUCGCUUGAAUGUAAAAAAUGAGGAACUGGACGAGAUGCUAAAUGAAGCUUCAGGACCAAUUAACUUUACUGUAUUUCUGACAAUGUUUGGUGAGAAGUUGAAAGGUACGCCUUGGUGAAAUGAACUGCUACAGAAAUGUUUUUCUAACUAUUCUUUACAAUUUAGACUUAAUGAUUGUAUUAUUAGUUAACUCUGAACCAUGGCACAUUUGGUAGGAGAGGGAUAUGUUCACAAAAUAACUUUAUUCUUCCUACUUUGGACAUACUGUAAACUCAUCAAGGACCAUAACCUUUUCCCAUCUACAAAGGUAGUGCUCAGUACCUGAAGGUCACUCUAUGAUUGUGCAUCAUGUAUACCAUAAUUUAACAACUGUGAUAUAAAAUAAUAGAGUCAACUUAAAAGCAUGGCCAAAGCACCAAUACCAGUACAAAGCCCUGUAAUGUUUAUAGUACCACUAGUCACCUGGACCUAUCACUUAAGUAGUCAACAUGGUUUCACUUUAAACAUACCUGGGAUCUCCUGACACCAUCUCUUCAUAUACAGUGAUUGGUGAAAUACCCCUUUGACAAUAGCUAUAUCAGUUUAAUCCUUGUUUUGGACUGAAUACAUUGGUUGAGAUAACAUAUUAAACCUAAAACUGAUUUCAUAACUGUGAUAUCAUAUAGUUUUUAAAACUGAAUUAAUUGGCUAAGAUAAAUUGUUUCUAAAACUGAAUUAAUUGGGUCAUAUGGCACAUUAUCUCUAAAACGUAUCUUCCAAUAUUUAUAUAAAGCAUGCAUGACUGAAUAAAAAGUACUAAAAAAAUUGUAAGUUAACUACAUAGUUACAUAGCAAUCUCGGUUGAAAAAAGAUGCAAGUCAAGUGAGUUCAACCAUUAAAACAUAUCUUAUGUUGUAGAUUCUCAAAAAGGCAAACAAAAACAUUUUAAGCAAUGGCCAAUUAAACUGCAUAAAGAUAAAAAAUAAAUUCCUAAACUUUAUAGUAGCAAUACGAUUUCUCCUUGGAUUAACAACCUGUUAAAAUAAAUGUUAAUUAUAUACUUGAAUAUUCUUUUUUUCCCAAAAAACAUCCAAGCUUUUUUUUUUUUAGAUCUACAUAAUCUGAUAAGGCAACCUCUUUGGGUAGAGCAUUCCAUAUCUUUAUUGAUCUUACUGUAAGGACGAAUUUCCUCUGCAGUAAGCAAAAAUGCAUUCCUUCCAGUCUCAAUGGGUGACGUCUUGUCUUUUGUGUAUUCCUGCUAAUGAUCAGGUUAACACAACGGUUUGUACUAAAAGGGAAACUAUAGUCGUCAAAAGUCACCAAAGGCCACGGAAGUCCCUCUAGUAGACAGCCACUAGAGGUGUAUGUAUGUAUGGUAGACAGCCACUAGAGGUGGUUAUCCCUCAAAGGUAAUUAUUGCAGUUUAUUAUUAUAAACUGCAAUAAUUAACUGCAAUAAUUACCUUUGCAGGGUUCAGGGAACAGGGACUAUGUACCCAUUUUAUUUUUUAAGGAUCCCCAAACAGCAAAUGUAUCCUAUGUAUAUAUGUGUUCCAUAAUACUAAAUAAAUAAAUUGGAGUUAUUUUCUAAUUCAGUGUAAAAUGUACUUAAAAACACAAUUCCCAUAAAAUGUUCUAACCAUGACUCAUGUAUGUAUUGUCUUUCAGGAGCUGAUCCAGAAGAAACCAUAUUAAAUGCUUUCAAAGUGUUUGAUCCUGAAGGUAGUGGACUUCUAAAAUCAGAUUAGUAAGUUGUCUCAUUGUAGAUUGCAUUCUUGUUAAUAUCUCUUCAGGCUAAAUUUUAACUUUUAAUUAUUUUAUUUUUGAAUUAUUUUUUUUAGCAUUAGAGAAAUGCUUAUGACUCAAGCAGAAAGAUUUACAAAUGAAGAGGUAAGACUUAAUUUACUCUACUUUGCUUAAAGGGUUAAUAUGGGCAAAAAGACAACUUUAUCUUAAUACAUUUAGGAGUUGAAUCACUUUGUUUAUGCAGCUCUUGUCAAACCUCCCUGCAUGUGACUUCCACAGUCUUCCUAAACACUUCCUGUAGAGACAGAUCUGACAUUUACACUUCAUUUCACACAUUAAGUUUAAUUUACAAUUUUUUAUCCCCUGUUGAUAGACUUCUAGACCCUGCAGGAGCUUUGUAUGAUAAAAGUCCAAUUUACAGAGCAGAGGAUACAAACUUGUACAGAAAGUUAACAUCUGAUUGACAAUUAAACCAUUUUGUCAUGCAGGCUUUUUUUAAUCACAGUCAGGGGAGGUAUGGCUAGGGCUGCAUAGACAUAAAUAAAAGUGAUUUAACUCCUAAAUGUCAGAAAAUUGAACAGUGAAAAUGCAGGGGCAUUAUCUAUACACCAACACUGCUUCCUUAAGCUAAAGUUGUUUUGAUGCCUAUUGUGUCCCUUUAAGGUUGAAAUAGCUAAGUUGGAAAAUCGUAUAUGUCAUAUAUGCUUCCAGUUUGGCUACUUUGGGUGAUAAAUUCUGAAAUCACUUUCAGUUCACUUUUAAUUCCCAUUAAGUGAAUAACACUGUGUGUAGAUGUUUAAACAGUCAUAAACAGUUUCAUUAAAGGGAAACUAUAGUGCCAGGAAAACAAACUCGUUUUCCUGGCACUAUAGUUUCCCCUUCUGUCAAGACCCACCCCCCAUGGUACAGAAGGGGUUAAUAACCCCUUAUGUCACUUACCUGGGUCCAGCACCGAUGUCCCUUGGCGCUGGCUCAGCUCCACCCAUGCUCCUCCCCCGCCGAUGGGGGGAGACCUAAUGCACAUGCACAGUAAUGUCCACGCUCGCAUUAGGAUCUCCCCAUAGGAAAGCAUUAUUCAAUGCUUUCCUAUGGGGAUUCCACAGAUGCUGGAGGUCAUCCAGCGUCGUUUAGACGACCAAAGGUCGUAUAAGAAGCUGUAAGUCCCUCUAGUGGCUGUCUGGUAGACAGCCACUAGAGGAGGACUUAACACUGCAAGGUAAUUAUUGCAAAUUAUAAAAACUGCAAUAAGUACACGUUCAGGGUUAAGUGUGAUGGGAGUUGGCACCCAGACCACUUCAAUGGGUUGAAGUGGUCUGGGUGUCUACAGUGUCCCUUUAAGCUAAAGUUGGCUUGAGGCCUAUAGUAUCAAGUAUUAAGUCAAAUGGCCAUCUAGAAGAAUUACUAAACAGCUUGAAUAAUGUAUUAUUUUAGUCCAAGAUUUGAUACAAAUAUUUAGACAUCAGUAUUUGUACUGUGGGCAUCUUAACAAUUUAUUAGCAUUAAAUGAAACACUCUCCAAUAAGCAUUUCCUGAAUGUAAAUAUGAAAAAGGAAAAAUAUGAAAAAGGAGAUAAAGCAAUGCGAUCUCUACAUUUUAAAUUUUCCUUGACCUCUUACCUUUAUUCCAGGCUUUUAUAUGUCUCUGCAGUGAGCGUUUUGUUUAGCACGUUGCCUACUUAAUAUUAAUGACUUAUGCUCCACGAGUAAGUCUUUUACAAGCAUGACACCUACCCUGGUUUCUAGUGAAAUGCCCUCAUAAUAUUCUCCAAUAGAGUUCCGUAGAAAAUAGGCCUAACAAAGUAAAAUUUCAAAAUUCUAAGCCUUGAAUUUGAAAUUGUCACAUUCCAAUAUAUACUGUCUGUAAAUAACUCUGUAAAUUUGUCAUGGUAGGGUAAACUUUAGCUAUUAGAGCUCCUAAAGCAGUAAAUCAUAUAUUGCUUUGCUUUAGGAGCUAUUAUAUAUUUACCUCUUGCCCAGCAUUUCAGUGACACCAUUCCUAGAUUUCCAUGGAUGUUACACUAUUGUAGCACCGACGCUCUGAUCCUGCCUAGCUCUGCCUCUCUGUAAAGUGACUGGCUGAGCUUGGGGACUCUUUAUCAAGCAAGGGAAUCCUUGUUUGUUUUGCUGGAAUGCUGGCUUCACUGCAAACACAUCAGCAUCAGACUGGAGUGACCUCUACACUACACACAAUACAGCACUGUGUUAGUCUUUCUAGAGAUGUGGAAAUGUAGACCUCUAUAUACAUGUUCACAUUUUCUUUUUCUUUUUUUCAAUAGGUUGAUCAGAUGUUUACAGCUUUUCCACCCGAUGUUACUGGAAAUUUAAACUACAAAAAUCUUGUGCACAUCAUCACCCAUGGUGAAGAGAAAGAAGAAUGAGGUCAACAUAGCAUCACUUUGGUCUUGACUUUGUUCUGGACAAUAAUUAUCUCUCUGCCUUUUUUGUAGUCUUGUUUUCCCUGACUGGAGCAAGAUACAUCACAGCCGCUAAUAUUUGAAGGGACACUUUAAGCACCAUAACUACUACAGGUUUAUUGGAGUAGUUUUUUGUGCAAGAGUUUUGUCUUUGGCUACAGUCUCUCUAGUAUAUCUAUACAAUACUGAAAGGUACUAAUAAAAGGCUGUGAGCUAAGCUGCAUCCAACACUCACAGCCUCUCACUGCUAUCCAAACCUGGGCAGAUUAUGCAAAAACUAAUUUAUGCAUUAACUCAGGGGUGAGCUUUUGGUUAGAAAUGAAAUUCAAAGACAGUCUGACAAAAAAUGGAGGGACUCAAUCCAAAGCUGUCUUGUACCAUACCUAUAUAAAUGUACUUUAGUGCUAAUUGUGCUUAUAGUUCUCCUUUCAUGUGAUCACGUCAUGUAAAAUAAAACAUUUUCUAUAUCUGAUUGAC